AUGCAGCUUCUGCGGCAGCAGCAGCAGCAGCGUGUCCAGGGGAUUCACCUACAGCAGGCGGGGCAGCAGCUAUCGCUCCUCCUGCCGCUACUUCCUCUCUUUUCUGUCACUUCCCGUCUGUUUUCAUCGCUCAAAAACGACGACCCCCAGCACGUCAAGCUGGCAGCGGAUAUCGGAGGCCUAUGGCGGGUCUGCGGGUAUGGGGUGCCUCCGGGGACUCCUCAGCGCACAGCGACAGCUGCAGCUGUUGCUGCUGCUGCUGCUGCUGCAGCCCAGUUCGUAUCAUUUUUCAACCCGUUGCGUAGCGGCCUGCAGGAGGCGCUAAAGGGAGGACUCGCCGCUCGUAUUGGCGAUUCUUGCACUGCUGCUACUGCUGUUGCUGCCCUCGUAGAGGCGUUGGGACAGACUGACGGACAACUCCGAGAAGUGAUGAGGACUUGGAGGCGACAAUUUAUGCCGAAGUAG